CUGUAAUGUGAUCACCACGGCCUGCCUCCUACUUGAGCAAAAACAAGGUUAGCUGGCAGCACAGCAGCAGCCACCAAAGCAGCGGCUGAAAGGGAGGAGAACUUAGAUUUGACCUGUGACCAGGACCUCAGAGGAGCCUGGACACAGCCCACUGCAGAGAUGAAGGGAGAAGCUGGACAUAUACUACACAAUGAAAAGUCAAAGCAGGAGGGACACAUCUGGGGCUCUAUGAGGAGGACAGCUUUCAUCCUGGGCUCUGGACUUCUCUUGUUUGUGGCCUUCUGGAACUCAAUGACAUGGCAUCUUCAGAGAUUUUGGGGUGCUUCUGGCUACUUUUGGCAAGCCCAGUGGGAGAGGCUGCUGACUACAUUUGAAGGGAAGGAGUGGAUCCUCUUCUUUAUAGAUAUUGCCAAAUUGCCCUCCAGAAUGUUCUUACCAAUUCUACUCCCCUACUGUGCUGGUGCCAUCCAACUGCCUACUCUGUUCUUCUGGAGCUUCAAUGGGCUUCUACUGGUGGCUGAUACAACAGGAAAACCUAACUUCAUCUCUCGCUACCGAAUUCAGGUCGGCAAGAAUGAACCUGUGGACCCUGUGAAACUGCGCCAGUCUAUCCGCACAGUUCUUUUCAACCAGUGCAUGAUCUCUUUCCCCAUGGUGGUCUUCCUCUAUCCCUUCCUCAAAUGGUGGGGAGACCCCUGCCGCCGUGAGCUACCCACCUUCCACUGGUUCCUUCUGGAGCUGGCCAUCUUCACGCUGAUCGAGGAAGUAUUGUUCUACUAUUCACACCGGCUCCUUCACCACCCAACAUUCUACAAGAAAAUCCACAAGAAACACCACGAGUGGACAGCUCCCAUUGGUGUGAUCUCGCUCUAUGCCCACCCUAUCGAGCAUGUGGUCUCCAACAUGCUACCAGCAAUAGUGGGCCCGUUAGUAAUGGGCUCCCACUUGUCCUCCAUCACCACGUGGUUUUCCUUGGCCCUCAUCAUCACCACCAUCUCCCACUGUGGCUACCACCUACCUUUCCUACCUUCACCUGAAUUCCACGACUACCACCAUCGCAAGUUCAACCAGUGUUAUGGAGUGCUGGGUGUGCUGGACCACCUCCAUGGGACUGACACCAUGUUCAAGCAGACCAAGGCCUACGAGAGACAUGUCCUCCUGCUGGGCUUCACCCCACUCUCUGAGAGCAUCCCAGAGUCCCCAAAGAAGAUGGAGUAAGAGAGGGCCCAAGUAUCAUCCUGACUGUCCCUCAGCCAUGGAUGCAGAUGCGGUUUCCUGAUUGCACCUAACAAUUUGCCUCUUUCAGCCACACUUCCUAACAAUGGCACCACGAGGCUAGAGGGAAGGUCAGCUUCCCAGAAGAAAAGCAGGGCCAAGGCUGAGGCUUCUUCCAAACUACUGCCCUUUAUGUCCCUCAGUGGGAUCAGGAGUUAGCUUAAGAAAAAGGAAAACUCAGCUUCCCAGACUGUAGGCUGGUCAGAGGGAGGAGUCCCCCGGUCCUCUGUUGUUGAAGAGAGGGGUUCAGCCCAAGAUAACUCCUUUGUACCCUGGACAGGAUACAGAGAAUAACAAAGCUGAAAAGGAGGGGGACUGGAGGCUGCCUGGCUCCAGGGAGAGCUCCUUUUGGCACCAGGGGGUGGGAGGGCCGGGUAUCCCUUUGCCUCUUCCUGUCUCAAAGGCUUUCACAUACGCUUCUCAGGCCAGAGCCAAGACAUCCUGGCAAAUGGUUAUAGGUCUCAAUUCAUGACACAACAGAUGCCAGUCUCCCACAUCACCCAACAUACACACAAACAUACACACCCCAAACACUGGUAAAGUCCCCAUUUUUAACUUAGCCCACCACAAACAAAAGGUUUUCUUUUAUGGAAAAAAAAAAAAAAAUCCAGGACCUUCUCCCUGGAUUAAAACUGAUAUCAAAGAGGUGCAGACCAAACCUUAACACCUUUAGCCUUAUGUGGAAACCAAAACACAAAGAGCUGAGAAACUGCAAAAAGCCCAUUUACCCACAAGGGGAAGGGUCAGAGUUGCUACCCUUUGGGGACACCCAACUGAAGACCCCUAAUUAGCCUAUCUGAAUGAGGACCAGAGGUUAGAACCCUCUUUCUCCCUGAAGAAAGCAUGGAAAAACAUGACCAAGCAAAGGGCAAAAUCCUCCUCCCCCAAAUGUUUGAUCAGUUUCUCAGCAACAUUUAUUCAAGAUGAUUUUUACCAGGAACCUUAUCAAAAGCAAAACCACAGUUGCUUGGGUCGAACUCCCCAUCCUGACCUCCCCUCAGCAGCCAGACAAGGCCAGAAACCCUGUGGUUCCCAAGAACAAUUUAAAAAUGACUCUGAUUUGAAAGAACAUCAUUAUCAUCUUACUAAAUUCUUAUAUAUAUUUGCACCUUUCCUUUCAGUUCUCUUAAGAAAAGCAUCCACUGUGGCUUUAUAAAAUACCUUAGAUCAGGUAAGUCCAAGUCUCCAGGCAGGACUAUAAAAAUGGACUCCUUCCUAUCAGCUCUAAAACCCCAGAGACUUGCCCAAUAGGCCAGCUGAGCACUUACCAGGCAGCAUCUCCCUGGCAUUCCACAGCCUCGCCUGCCUGCCUCUGGCCUUGGUGGACCUGGCUCCCUCCCUAGGAGGCUUGUGCCCUCAGCUUGGAUACAGCUCCAGGUGCAUCAAAGCUGUAAGUUCUCAGCUGCUGGCCUGCACUCAUCACCUCUUCCUACAAAUAAAAAGUCCAUCUUCAGUAUGCUUAAAGAGAAGGGUAGGAGAUAAGGAGAAAGAACAGAUAUGCUUUUAUUUCUCUUUAAGGCCUUUAGAUUUUGAGUCACUGUAAGGGGCCCAGAAGGACAAAAGGCUGUCAUUCCCUCUUACUUUUGGCAGGCAGGUGGUCAGUCAUGGCAGAAGGGCCCAGCCCUAUCCUUUUCUGUAUCAAACAAAAUGGCCUUGAGGUUGGUAUACAAGUUGAGGCUGAAAAGAGGACUUGAAUUUCCAGUAGAGAAUGUGAAAGAUCAUGUAAAAUAAACUGGUUUCCAUGAA